AUGGCCGGUCACGCUAUGGAAAUCCCGGAGCUCAUUCAAUCUGCGAGCAUCAAUCACAAUCCCGAUCCAGCUCACGAUGUCAACCCGUCCACGGCAGCUUCAGAAAAACAGCCCGUCGUAGUAGGUCCGGACUCCGACACAAACAGCAUUGCAUCCGACAUCGUUCAUCCAAGCCGGAUGAUUCAUCCAGUUCACCGGCGUCAAAAUCUCCCUCCUCUUCCCGAUCUACGCUUCGAACAGAGCUACCUCGCCAGUAUCAAGGAUGCCGAAUCCUGGGGGCGAGUGGCGUGGAUUACCACUAGGGAUCAGGUGCUUCUUCCUUUGAUUCAAGGAACUGUUUGGACGCUUGCGCUCUCGGGCUGGCGCUUUUGGAACCGCAACGCCUCGGUCAGCGGUCACACUCUUGGAAGCAGGAUUCGCAGGUGGUGGUAUGAAGUGAAUAACUGGCAUCUGCCGCAAUUGGGCUCAACUAGAGAUCCGCGACUUGCGUCGCAAGUUGAAGAUUUCUAUACGGCCCAAUUCUCCAACGCUGGUUCUGACUGA